AACGGCAGUCUGUCCCCAGACUGGCCACGACACAUCUACGUGGCUGCCCCCGCCCACGAACGUUGAGCACAGAGGUUGGAGGACCUCGCACAGCAACUUGUUCAAUCCGAACACCAGCAAGGCCCCAGUGGUACACAGCAUCACGGUUCGUCUGGCCGUCUUGACCAACGCCGCUCUCAGCAAUGUCAGGCCACCCGUCUUGGCGGCUGCUGCCGGCCUCAGCCCCCGGCAUCCCGACGCUGCUGGUUUCGACUGAUUUCAAGGCCGACUCGUACAGCAUUCAUCUGUCUGACCUCGCCAAUGUAUGGGCCGAGAGCCUUGAUAGGAGACCGAUUAUCAAGCGUGGUAUGAUGGAGGAUACAAGCAUCGACCCGAGUGACGGGCCCGAUCAGAUUCGCAAAAUGCUAGAACUACUCCGGGCCGCGUUUGAUUCCGGCGACUCCGAACACGCCAACACUUCUCUGACGCUCUCACGGGACGAUGAUGAAGACUCCCUCGUCAUCCACGUCACCUGUGUCCUGCCGAAACCCCUCAAGCCCUUCAAGUGGCCAAUGCACCUGAAGAAGUGCCCACAGUCAACUCUCACCUCCGAGCUUGUGCUUCCCAUGAUCCAGGCACAGGAAGCCCGUACGCGUGAGAUCGACCAACUCGUUUCCCUUCUCCGAGAGAAAGACGCCGUCAUCACAAGGCUCGUCGACAAACUUGAAGCUACGGGCACCGGCCUCGAAUAUGUCUUCCACUCGCUGUCCGGAAAGCGCCGAGUGACCAGAGCUGUCGCCGAAGAGAAGGUUAAGGGACUCGCCGCCUUCUCCGAGUCCGAAUUCAGGAGCAAAGCAGCCGAGGUUCGCCCUAUCACACAGGCCUCCGACGUCUCUGCCCUCCUGGGUUCCGUCUUUGGGCCUCCUGGGUUGCAAUACAAGUCGGACCUGGAAAUACAGGCUUCCGCCGGCUUGGAAGACUGGUGGAAAAAACUGAUGAAAGGCAGUAAAGUCAUCCUUUCUCCAGAGCUCCCUGAGAAGCGGAGGCCUCAAAACGAGGUAACAUCUCCAGGGCCCGAAGCUAGCAAAGAAGAAGAUGAUUUCCAAGUGCAGGCCACUCCACCAGGGGUGCGGCCAACGCGACAGCGCGGCAGUCCUGCACCGGCAGUGGAUGACGAUGAGACUUCGGGUGGCGAAGACACAGCGGAGCCAGCACCGCCACCGCUCUCUCCGGCGAAAACCAAGGAGACAGCAUCUAAACUCGGCACUAUUGGUAGAAAUAGAAAGCCAACCUCGUCUCCUCCUCGUCCUCCUUCUCCUCCUCCUCCAGCCACGUCGCACAAGUCAACCAAGACGCAAAUUGCCGCAAGCGACACGCAAUCCGAAACGGCGUCUGAGCCCGAUGAUGUCGACGCAGUCAGUUCACCUCCGCCGUCUCCUCCGAAGGCAUUGCCCAGACGAGGCGGUUUGGGCCGUAUUGGCGGAAAGACGAAUCCGGUGACACAACCCCCCCAACCUACGCGGUCGCCCCCUCCGCGAGAGCCCGUGGAAGACUCGUCGAACCAGCCUUCCAGGAGGCACAAACUGGGUGUGAUUGGGAAGAAGCCGACACACCCAGAGCCACCCGCAACAGGCGGUGAAGACGAGGCCAGAGGCAGGAGCGAGACCCCGGCUUCCGAACCCAAUAAGAAGCAGCGGGAGACGUCACAGGAACGAGCAGACCGCAAACGGGCCGAGCUCCAGAAAGAGAUGGAGAGGCGCGCCGCAGCGGGACCAGCCAAGAAGAAGCGAAAGUUCUAAGUUUGCAACCUCAUGUGGAAGUGACAUUAAUUACUAAGGCACUCUUAAAGUCAAUGUGUUUUCUGGACUAGAUACCUUGCGCUAUCCUGAAAUUUCCGCCAAACUCUCCGGGAUUUGCCUAAUCAUUAACACAGCUUGUUUUCAACAGAAGCGAUAUGCCAUAUGCGCAUGCGGGCAUA